AAUAAAUAGAUGAGCGUCACUUGGCAACACUGCGCCGCCCCAGAGUCUUGUUUACCUGUGACAACGAGAAUGGCUUCCACGAUUCCCUUAUUUAACAGUGAUUAUUGACGCCUCUAUCCCCCCAGUAGCUCACCAAAGCCACAAAAAUACUACAGAGAGAUGGCGGAACUUGAAGAAGAGCUGAUUGGUGAGGACCUCGACUAUGAGUAUGACCUUGAUGAGGAAGAGGAGGAGGCGCUGUUGGCCGGGGAAGACCCAACCCAUGAGGGUGAUGCAGAAGAUGUCAUUGAGCUGAGGGUGGAGGAUGACUUUGAUGAUGACGAUGGUGGUCAGAUGAGCCACGGCCAUGCCAAGAAUGUGCACAGCAGACUCCAGCCCGCGGAGUCUGUGUUUGAGGAGGACUUGGAGAACCAGUUUCAGGAAUCGCCCAUGAGCAAUGUGCGGGUGGAGACUCAGAAUAUUGUUGAAGAAGAGGAAGAGGAAGAGGAGGAGGAGGAGGAAGAUGACGAGGAAGGGAGGAGCCGGGACCGCUUCAAGAGUGAGCGUUCCAAGAUCUCCCUCACCAACACCAAAGUGGAGCGCAUCAUCCCAGAGUCUCUGGAUGAAGUCCAGGUGAAGAAGCAAGACCUGGUGGACAACAGAAGAGGUCGAGGAGGGUUUGGACGGGACAGAGGCCGAGGCUGGGGUGGAGGUGGUGGCCCUGGGGGGAACUGGGGCCGGGGGAUGAUGAACAGAGGCGGCUUCAAUCGUCCCAUGCCACCCAGAUCCGGGGGAAUGCUGCCCUCACCGACACGUUUCCAGCCCCCGCGCAUGCAGAUUCCACCCUGGGAGCCGUUCAUGUAUGCCGCCCAGAUGCAGAUGUCCAAGGCCGGGCUGCCCAUGAACCGCAAUGGGCCGCCGGGGAUGAACCGCCCCCCGCACCUCCCCAUGGUGUCCCUGGCCAACUCCCUCAUCCAGCGCCCGCCCCCCCUCAUGGGCAACAACCCGGGCUUCCCAAGACUUGCCAUCAGGGGUCAUUCCCGCUGGAGUACAGGCCUGCUGCCGCUUGGUGCUGGGGCGAUCCUCAACCAGUUUGUACAGCAGUCACAGCAGAUGCCCCGGGAUGACCUGCGUAACUCCCUCAAGAGGCGUAGUGACCCCCCCAACAUCUCGCCCCCCAAGCAGAUGAGAGUCAGCCAGCCACCGCCCCCUCAGAUGAACACCCAGCAGGCCAUAGCUCGCAAGAAACUGAACAACGCCGUGAACCGUCAGCGUGGCGGGGCGGUGAAGAAGGGCCCCAUCACUUCCAGGCUGUCCAUGCCCCCCACCAACCUCAACCUCAACCCCAACCCCAACCUCACCACUAUCCAGACGGUGGACAUCAGCCCCAUGACCAAGAACAACAACGGGCCGCAGCAGAACCAAGGAAACAACCAACCACAGAACCAGCUGAACAGGCCUAACCAGCAGCAACAACAGCAACAGCAGCAACAGCAGCAGCAGCAGCAGCAGCAGCAGCAAGAUAACAAACAGAUGGAGAGUCCAACCAAAGAGGAAUCAAAAUCCGGAGAGAAAGCUGCAGCUGAUAAAAUCAUCAUUGACGAUCCUGAGUAUCAGGCUAAGUUGCAGCGUCAGCAACAGUUGAGGGCUCAGUUGCUGGCCAAGAAGGAAGCUCGCCGAAAAGCUGCAGCCGUGAUAAAGGCCAGUGAGAUUGCCACAAGGAAGGCACGGCAAGAGAUGCAGAACAGGAGACCUGAGAACCAGAGGCCUGGAGACCCAGGGCUGCCAGGUGGCCAACAACAACAACAACAGCAGCAGCAGCAGCAGCAGCAGCAGAGGCCGAACCAGCAGCAGCAGCAGCAGAGGCCGAACCAGCAGCAGCAGCAGCAGCAGAGGCCGAACCAGCAGCAGCCUGGCAAGCCGCAUCAGCCUCCACUUGGAAGGGACAUUAAAGCCAAAGGUCCGCCUGGCCCACCCACUGAACCCCCUCACCACCGCCCCGGCAACCCUGGUCUGCCACCGAGCCCAGUGAGGCAGUCCUUCAACAGACAGCGGGGUGGCCUGAGCCCUACCCGCGGGAGGGGUGGCCUGCACCACAACCCACCUCGCUUUCAACGUGAUGCCGGGCCCCCCGAGCACUCCCCCAACCACCACGAGCCCCGCCGGCCCCACCACCAGCCCCGCGAGGAGGACUUCCCGCCAAGGACACCCGUUCCCUUGUUCACUGAGCCCCCACCCCCCCGAGGCGCAGACCCAGGGUUCCUGCAGGAUGGGCCUCGUCAGCUCUUUGGGCCGCAGCACCAUGGCUCAGGACGGCAGCCCCCACACGGUCCCCCUCAGGAUGAGCUACCACACCAACAGCGGCCUCCCCCUCGCAUCCUUCCUCCAACACAUCAUCCACCUCCUCCACUGCCCCACACAAAUCACCCGCCCCCACACACACAGCACCCACCACCACACCAUCAACAGUCAUCAUCAUCACCAUCAUCUCACCACCCGCACGGUCAGCCACCACAUCACCACCACCACCACAUUGAAACGGUACACCACCAGCCACCUCCCAUUCCCCCGCCUCAUCACCACCACUCCAACAUGUCACAGCCUCCUAACAUUCCCCCCCUCCCCCACCACGGGCCACCACCCAACACCUCACGCCCUCCACCCAACACACACGUGCCACCCCCAUCAGACUACCCACCCCACCGGGACUCUCACUCUCUCCACCACCAGGACCAGUACCCACCACACCCUGACACAUUCCCACCACGCGUUCCCCCACCAAGUCUACCACGUGGGGAGGAGAGCCGACACCACGACUAUGGGUCUGAGGGGCGUUACGGGGAGCCGCCAGCAUGGGAGAGCCGCCAACAGGGGUACAAGGACUAUGAGGACAGCUACCGUGACUCAUACGAUGACGACUACUACCAGAAAAGUCACCACUAUGACAACCAGGGGUACCAAGACCACUACAGACAUGAAGAGGACACAUACUCAAACGCAGAUCAGCGCUACCGAGAGGACUACCAGAAGCACCGCCAGCAGCACCAACAACAGCACCAGCAGCAGCCACAGCAGCCACCUCAGCACCACCAUCAUGAGCAGGAGGAGUACCCCCAGCAGGAGCAUUACCGUAGGGAGGAGUAUGCAGACAGCAGCUACAGGGAGGAGAAGUACCAGCAGGAGGACCUCGACUAUGACCAGCCCAAGAGGAACAGGGACAUCAAGAGCCGCCUUGGGGGUCGUCUGGAGCACUCCCAGAACACACAUAACCUUCAGGUUAAGGUGGUGCAGACAACAGCAGGGCAGGAUCAGGAGCCUCCAGCACCCACCCAGCAGGAGGGGCAGAAGAUUCAGACUGUGCAGCAGCGUCCCAAAACAUCUGUGUCUCGUAAAUUCCGCCGCAUCACUCGCAGAAGCCCGCACGGUGCUAUUAUGUCGAUUACUAGGAUUCCAGUUGACGAGGAUGGCAAUCAGAUUGGGCCACAGAUCACUGAGUAUGAAGCCACUGAUGCCAGCACUGAGAAGCCUGACAGUACAGCCUCUUUGCCGCCAUUUCAGCAGUCGCGUGUAUCUGUAGUAAAAAACUCGCGCCAGAUCGUAAGGAAAGUUCCAGUGGCUCGUCAGCCCCAGCAGCAGCAGCAGCAGCAGCCACAGCACCAAGUCAAGUUGCGGGAGAUCCCCUCCAUGGACCAAGGGGGCGGCCAGCAGCAGCAAGCACAGCAGGUGAAGGUGGUCAAGAGAACUAUUGUGUCCUCAGGGGAGAUGCAGUCACAGAUGGGCAGUGCUGGGCGACGCAUUGUUACCACCACCAGCGCACAGGCCAUGGGUCGCAGCGGGCCCGUGCUGAGGGGUACUAUAGGCAUCCGCAGGGUGGUGACGGCAGGAUCAAGCGCUAGCAAUGAGGACCUGCCCACCGUCCAUCUGUGUGACCUUCCAUCGAACCUUACCCUGUCAGAUAUCAACCAGAUAGUGGCUGAUGCAGGGGUAGGGCAGCCCGUGAGUGUUGACUAUAUUCCAGGCUCUCGUGAGUGCAUGUUGAGAUUUCAAGUGGCGGAAGUCGCUGCCAGAUUCUCACAAAAAAUUAACCGGAGGAUGGUAAACAUGUCCUUCAUUAAGGCCAGUGCAAUCCUGUGAGUAUUACCCAGUUCAUGUGCAUCAUGGCCAUCAAGAUGUUAAGUAUUUGGCCUUCAGUUCAUUCAUUCAUCUCUUGCAGUGAAGGACAAGGGAAGGGUUCAUCAAAUAUUUUCUUAUGAAGGCAUAAAACAUCUGACUUUCAUUUGGUUCACUCAUCUGUCACUAGCAUUGAGGGACAAGGGAAGGGUUCAUAAGUAAUUUCACAUGACAAAACAUAUACUCAGUUUGUUCACUCACCUCUUACUUGCAUUGAGGGACAAGGGAAGGGUUCAUCAAAUAAUCUCCCAUGAAGACAUAAAGCAUUUAGCCUUCAGUUUGUUCACUCAUCUACUUGCAUUGAGGGACAAGGGAAGGGUUCAUCAAAUAACUUCACAUGUAGGUCUUGAAGGGUGAGCCAUAUAUAUUGAUUCAUGGGGAUCACUCUAGAAAUCCACUUUGUAAUUCCUCUGAACAUUCAUCCUUAGGGAGCUUCGUAUGUGUUAGGGAUAGUUAAGUAUCUCAUAGCGGAAAUAUGUUUUAAGAGUCAUGAUUCUACCAAGCUUUGUGUAAUUUUGUAUUAUUUUAGCAGUACAAAGCUGCAUUUUUUUUUCCAGUAAAAGUUUUAGCUUGUAAUUUAGCUAUUAUUUUGGUUUUAGGUUAGGUAAGUAACCCAGUGUAUGUAAGAAUAAGGUGUUAGGCAUUACGUUGCUUAUGAGUUGCUAGUCGAUAGGCUGUACGGUAGAGUAAAUGCUGGUAAUUGCUGUGAGCACGAUGCGAUACGUCGGUGGGAGCCUGGUGUAGAGGGAUCAGGAUUGUGCGGCAUUUUUAUUAUUGACGUUCCGAACGCUAAAUAACUGCCUGAAGAGAGCCUGACAACACCACGGAAAACUGCCUUACCUCUGCAACUCAUCACCGCCUCCUCCACCACCGCCUCCACCAUCUCCACCACAGCCAGCAUCUCUCCCACCUCCACCUUCACCAGGAUACUCGUACUAGGUUAAGCUCUACUGCAAGGCAAGGGCUGUACCCUCCCUCUGCCUCUUACAACCUUAUACUAUUGUUGAAUUUCACCUUUGUCUGAAGGUGUAUGUGGUCAUGUUCUUGUAACUACAUAAUAUGUGGUACCCUUUUAACUGUGCCUAAGCCUCAGUGCACAGCUACUGAUCUGCUGAUUUGUUGUGAAUUUCACUCACGAGGUCCAAGCUUUCAAGAAAGUACUUGUAAGGAAUCUUAGCCUCCUGCGGGUGUUGUUCAUAACAUCUCAAACCUUGAUGUAAACAAAUAGUUUAAUCGUUGUGUACAGCGUAGUGAAAGGCCCACAACCCUGCGUGCUGAGGGGGGGCCCGUGCCAGGCUGAUGGUGGUGCUGUAGCUCUAUUGUUCUGCAAGUUAUAUACGGCAGCAGACAAUCAAGAACUUAUAACUUGCAAAUCAAUAAGCUAUGGAUCACGCCAGACUGAGUACUAUUUCUUAUAUUUGAUUUGCACAAAUGCUUAUCGUAUAGAGAAAAGAGAAAACAUCAUCUAACUUCACUUUGUGAAUGAUCAUGAAAUGUGUGAGUUGCUUUGUGUCUUGAUAAAAUAUGCUUCAUAUAUAUUUCCAGUAUUUAGAAUGUACCAGAAGUAUGCUGCUGCUGGCACUUCCUCAUUGCUGCAGCCUUAUAAUUCACUAUAAUUUUUGCAUCCAUAUUUCACCCGGCUGCAGAUGCUGUUCCUCAGCCAACUCAGUUUUUCCUAUAGUUCUUAUAGCAUUGCUUAUUAGUUAUAUGUAUUUGCCAAUAAUUUAAUUAAUUAAUCAAUUGUCAGAUUGGAUUUUUUUCAAAGAAUUGCUCAGUAUGUUUGAACUUAAGUGGCUAUGGUAAUUUUUGUCAUUAAUGAAAUGUUUUCUGAACAAGGUUCAGCUGCCUAAGUAAUUGUACACUCUACCAGUGUCAUUUACCAUCUCCAGUCUGCAGAGUCAAUAUUUGUGUGAUGCCGAGUGUGCUUUGUCGUGUGUGCCGGCCUCAGGGCCAGGAAUAUGGAGCUCUUUAGUUAAUGUAGACUGUUGGUGUGAUAUUAAAGACACACUUGCUGCCACUUGUUUUGAAGUCCUCUUUGUUAGGCAGGAUUGAAAUAAAAAUCAAGCUGUUCCACAGAGCAUGGACAGCUGGAAAGGAAAAGUGAUUCAGGUUCAGCUCAUGUAAGUCAAUCUAAUGGAAAAGGACAUAGAUUGAAAGGCCAGAAACAAGCACCAUUUUGUCUAUGUUGAUGGUUCUUGCAUAGUUUAUAUUUUCAAAAUAUUUUACUAAUGCUGGGAAAGAACAUGUUUUGUUUAUUUUACUUUGUUUGUAAGAGUACAAAGGUGCCAGGCUGGAGUGUGCUUGUCUGCUGUGGUCCACUGCAGCACAAGUUCUUUAGUGCCACAAAUGGUAUUGUCAUCUCUGUGAGAUGUGGGUAACCUCAAUGAUCAUAUCACUGCCAUGUAUACCUGUUCUAUAGGUAAAAGGCACCCCAAAGGGAGAUUAAUAGCCUAUACUAUAAGUAAAUACUGCUGCAGGGCCUUACAGUGCCUUGUGACCAGUCCGGAUACUUCGGGUUGUCAACAUACUUGAGGGGCUGUGGGUAGUCUCUUCACUUCUUGUUACAUGUUGUUUCCUCACACACUAAAACAACCUUAAGCAUAUAUAGCAGUGGACUGUGUGUGCGACAUUCCACAGGACAGGGAAUGAGGCUGUCCAUUCAAUCGUUUUUAUAAUUGUUUAUCUGUGAUAUGUAGCCAAAGUUUUUACCUUUCCUCAGUGUUUAUUUUUGUUUUCUACAAACUUAUACAUUUUCCACCCUUAAAGUAAGAACAGGAAGUUAUCAAAGGGACAGCUUCAUGGUGAUAUGUUUCAGUUUCUCAUUUAUGAUAAAAAGGUCUGGCAAGGGUUCAACUCUAGGUUUCGUCUGCUCUCGUUUGUGAUGAUGUCACAGGACAGCUUUUUCAAAGAAGAUAUUUUGCAUGUCCUUUGUUUUAUACAUUGUAAACUGUUUUCUUGCUCUCUUAAUGCAUCUAAGCAGGCGGAUAUAAUUGUGUUAUUGACGAGUUGCUGUAGCAUGUGCUACUGAAUGAGUAUCAUGCCACUUUGUUGUGCUCCAGGGAGACUUAGGGGUCUUACGUCGCUUCUGACCUGGCAUGAAACUCGGAGCUUAAAAGAAUUAUUCACUAACAAUAAGCAUUCAAGUGUAAUAUCUUAAGUGCUUUUAGGAACACCUUUGCUAGUCAUGUUUGCCUUAUUGUAUUAUUUCCUGUAAUUAGUCUGAUGUUUUUUCCAGUCCGGAUCUGAACUUGAGUGUGUGCCAUAAUUAGUCUAGACACCCAAGUAAGACUUGGCCACAUAAGGUUUCAAUUAAUUUAUCUUGGUGCUCUCUUUGGUGGUUGAGGGCCAGCGGCCACCGUGGUACAAUAGGCAAGGCAUCCAUACCUCAGCCUUAACUCACAGCACAAGGUGUUGACCCGGCGAGUUAUCAUUCUCUCGCUAGUUUUAAUCUAAUUGCUACUCUGCAAAUUGUACCUGAAUAAGCAAAAGGCAUUUUCACAGAUGGUUCACAUUUGCAAUCAUUCCACGCUAGAAAUUUGGAAAUAAGUAUCGGAAAACUAAAUUCAUUGAUGUCUUACAGGUGCUACAAGCUGAGAGAGCAUUUAUUAAUUAAUUUUUUUCCAUGAACUCAAUUCAGUAAGACUUUUUCAGUGUUACAUAUUCCACAAUAGAGACCCAUAGUAAUGACCAGAAGUAAAGGUGAAUGACUCGGUGACAUCUUAGAUAUAUUAGUAAUCAGCAAGGUAAAGCUACAUAGUAGCUCUUAUUUUCUUUGUUCUAACUUUGAGUGAACCACUUAUAUACAUAUGACACAAUGCAUAUGGAUGAGAAAGAAUCAUCAGGAAAUAGUGGAUCACAUGUGGUCAUCCCUUUUGCUGGUCAGCUUUGGAACAGCCUUACCUCCUCUUUCUGUCCCCUUCCUCUGACUUGAACUCUUUCCUAAAGGGAGUAGCAAGAAACCUCUAUUUAAAACUAAUCCCUUUUUUUGCAAUCUUCCAACGUUUUAUUGGAGCAGUAGGUUCCAGGCUUUUUUUUCAUUAUUUUCUUUGGCCUAAGCCAGGCCCUUUUACUAUAAGAGAAAAGAUAAACAUAUCAUCAUGAAACAAACAGAGGUUUAGGCCUGGAAAAUAUAUAGGAGGAAGACAUACUACCUGUUAAAUGGACAUUAUCAUUCUGUUGCCAAAACAUUUGACAGGCCUGCAACAUUGUCUUCCACAAGAACAGGAGGUAAAGGCAUUGCUUUUGAGAAAAUAUUUAAUACUUCUCAAUUGAACUGACCUAGGUGUGUGUGUGUGUGUGUGUGUAGUGUGUAGUGUGUGUGUAUAUAUAUGUGUGUGUAUGUGUGUGUGUGUGUGUGUGUGUGUGUGCAGAUGACCAUGAAACUUCGGCUGUUAAGACGAUAAUAUUGUCUGUUGAUCUGAUAGUCUUCCUCCUCAGAGGGUCACAGAUACGUAGCUUGAUGCGAAUUAGCUUUCCUUUCUUAGUCAGAGACCCAUGAUUAAAAUUCUGAGUAUAUCUGUGGAAAUUUCAUCUUCCAAGGAAUUAAUUGUCAGUGAAAA